AUGGGUGCAGUGGACAACGUGCUAGAACGCCUGCUGGGUGUCACAGAGGGCGAUGCCGCAGAGGGCCUUACGUCAUCGGCGCUCCAGGAGUACCUGGACAAAGUGCAUGUCCGGCGGGAGGAGGUGCUGCUGACGCUGUAUGCCACUGUGGCAGAGCGCAUGGCUCCCGAGGCAGAUGGGGGAGGGGAGGGAGAAGGGGAGGCAGCCGGCGCCGCACGCCGGCUGGAAGCCGCCGCGCUCGUGGCGGAUGCGGCCUUCAGCUCGGCGCUGGCGCAGCUGCAGGGCGAGGCGCACGCUGUGCUGGCGGCAGAGGACCCCUCAGUUGCGCACCUGGCGCACCUGGCGGCGCAGCACGCCGCGGUGGUGGCGGCGAUGCAGGAGACGGUGGCGGCGGCGGCCUCGGUCCGCGUCGCGGCUGAGCUGCACCAGCGGCUGGCAGACUUUGACGCGGCCGUGGCUUCCGGCAGCUACUCGGAAGCCGCCUGGGUUGCGCUGGAGCUGCAAAAGGCGGUGCAGGCGGUUUCCGGCAGCGAGGAGACGGCGGCGGCGGUGGAGGCGCGGGUGGGGCCGCUGCAACAGCAGCUGCUGAAGGGCGUGUACGGUUGCUGCGCUGUUGACCCUGGCAGCCGCAUGCCCGUGCUGAUCCCCUCGGCGGCAGGGCCAGGCGCCGGCGACCAGGGACAACCGCGGCCGGCUGCCAGCGGCGCCAGCACCGGCAGCGCAGCGGCCACCGCGGCCACCGCGGCCGUGCUGGCGGAGAUUUGGAAGGCGCUCGAGGUGUUUGGGCUGCUGCCGCAGGCGCUGCAGCAGCUGGCGGCAUAUUUCAUAGAGCACUCGGUGCUGCCCAUCCUCGCCUCAGAGCACGACCCCAGCCUGAUCACCGACAGCCCCGCGGGCAGCGUGGCCAGCAGCAACCUGAGCCGCGCCACCACUGUGGGCCGCAGCGGCGGCAACAGCGUGGAGCGGCUGCUCUACAAGGCGCUACGGGGGCUGGCGGAGCAGGUGAUGUGCGGGCAGGAAGAGCACAUCGAGCAGCUGGGCACGGUGCUGUGGCCGCAGCUGGCGGCCGCCUACAUCACGCAGAAGCUCAAGCCCAUCCAGCCGCAGAGCGAUGCAGAGGUGGAGCUCUACAGCCGCAAGUCGGCUCUGGGGGGAAAGCUGGAGCAGAAGGCAGUCAAGCUGCACCUGCUGCCAGCCGACAAGGAGGGCCCCAUCAGUCGCUACAUCAAGCACACGCUGAACAGGUUCUUAAACCUGCGGCGAAACAGGUUCAUCGCAACUGCUCGCGACCUGUUGCUGUCGCCGGCAGCCCAGGAUGCAGUCACCGUGGGCGUGCCGCGCCGCGUCACGUCUGCCGGCACGCCCAAGGGCGCCAGCCGGUCGCUGUUUGGCGCCCAGCAGCCGCCGCCGCACCUGGGAGCUGUCAGCGGCGGCGGGUUGGAGGAGGAGGAGUCGCUGCUGGCGUGUGGGGAGUAUGCAGUCAGCAAGGCGGCGCAGGGAGCGGUCAACCUGAUGCGUGAGGCUCUGACCGAGGCUGUGCGCUCGGGCAACACAGCCCUGGCGCAAGCGAUGUGUGGGGCGGUGGUCGAUGUGGCGGCAAUGGUGGUCGCGUUGCCGCCGCCAGCAGCAGCAGCGGGGCCAGGCGGAGGGGGAGGACUGCCCCCGCACCCGGCUGUGGAGCAGCAGGCGGCGGCGGCGGCGGCAGACCAUCAGCAGCAGCUGCUGCUGCCGUACCCAGCCUCGCUGCGGCACAACGACUGCCACUAUGCCCUGUGCAACCUGCCCUACCAGUUUGCGCCGCGCCUGCAGCAGCUGGUGCACCGCAACCUCAACUUUGUGAACCCGGCCACGCGCGUGCGGCACGCGGGCCAGGACACCCUUCAAGCCAUGGUUGCGGCACAAGAAGCGGAGCUGCUGGGUGUGGUGGAGGAGAUGCAUCGGUUUGCCGGGUUGGAUGCCGACGGCAAGGCGGGGAUCAGGCAAGCUGUGCGCCGGGAAGCAUGGCACCGUUGUGCCGGACCAUUGUGCCGCAAGGGAGUGCAGCAGCUGCUGCAUGCCUUCCGCCGCCUGGGCGGUGUGCUGCGCGGCGUGCUGGCGCCGGGGGUGCUGGUGGAGGUUGCGGCCCAGCUGAUUCAGAGCGUGUGUGGGCAGAUCACAGAGGACAUCAUGUCACUGCCAGACAUCUCGGUUGACGAGUCGGAACAGAUCCCGGCCAUUCUGGAGCCGCUGACGGCCGGCGUGCGCGACGCAGUGCUCCCGCCGCCGCCGCCCGACGGCCACGCGGUGGUGGGAGGGGUGGCCCACGAGGAGCUGGCUGCCGCCCUGGAGGAGCGCACGCCGGCGGUGAUGAAGCUGAGGGAACUGUGUGAGCUGCUGGACAUCAGGAUGGUGGAGAUCCGGCGGCGCUGGCAGGAGGGGCGCCUGCAGGCGCUGGGGUUCAGCGCGGAAGAGGUGUGCCACCUGGUGGCGGCCCUGUUUGAGGACACAGACCUGCGCCGAGACUUUUUGCACCUGCUUGCACAGCAGCAGGCGGAGGAGGAGGGCGCUGGGAUGCUGUGCGGGGGUGGUUAG